AUCAGGAUAACGGCUCUUUAGCAUCUCGUCUUCUGCACAAGGCAGUCCUGCUGUCCAAAGAAGAUUCUUCACAGUUUAAUGAACGUUUAGUAGAUCCUGGCACAUUGGGGGAGUGUUACAAUGGAACUGUUCAACUCUGCUUUUGGAAAAAAUAUAACUUUUGUGCGUCCUGCAUAUUUUGUAAUCAAUGGAUUUAUUGGCUUACCUAACAUGAAGUCCUACUACAUCUUUCUGUUUUUUCUGUAUAUAAUUUCUGUGGUGGGAAACACAGCCGUAAUGGCUAUAAUAUAUUUAGAUCACAAUCUAAGAACGCCAAAGUAUGUUGCCGUUUUUAACCUUGCAUUUGUGGACCUGUUAGGCAGCUCCGCUCUGGUACCAAAGGUGAUUGACGUCUUUCUGUUUAACCAUAACAUAAUCCCCUACAAUGACUGCUUGACGUUCCUUUUUUUCUGCUACACUUGCCUUUCAAUGCAGUCUUUUAAUCUGGUUGCUCUCUCCUACGACCGACUGGUUGCCAUCAUAUUUCCUCUUCACUAUCAAGUAAAAGUAACCUGCAGAUCUAUGCUGACUUUGAUCGCCUCUUUCUGGAUCUUUGCUGUAGUUGCUGUCUUAAUUGCUGUCGGCCUCCUCACAAGACUUUCAUUCUGUAAGUCUUUGGUUAUUAACAGCUACUUCUGCGAUCACGGUCAGAUCUACCGCCUUGCUUGCAAUGACAAUUUUCCAAAUGAUGUGAUUGGAUUUUUUUAUCCUAUUCUUAUUUUUUGGCUGCCGCUAGUUUUUAUCCUUUUAAGUUACCUCUAUAUUAGUUAUACUUUAGUAAAAGUGGCAACAUUUCAACAAGGAAUCAAAGCCUUUAAGACCUGUAUCGCUCAUCUUUCGUUAGUGGUUAUCUACUUUACCCCGCUGCUAAUCACAUUUACAUUGAUGGAAAAAAUACACCCAAACAACAGGAUAAUAAACUUGUCUUUGACCUCUGUGCUGCCACCAAUGUUGAACCCAAUCAUUUAUGUUCUACAGACGCAUGAAAUCAAAGUGUCAAUGAAAAAAUUAUUUAGAAUAUUUUUUAAAUCAAAAAUAAGAAGUAAACAUUCCACAACAAUGUGACUUCACUGUAACAAAAAGCAUAGUACUCUUAUUUGUCUAAACAUGUUUCUUCAUAAGUUUGCUUAAAAUUGCCAUUUUGAACUACGGUAGUUUUUAGUUUAAACAAUUAUGUCAUGUUUUUCUACUGACCUACUUCAUUUUAUCCUUUUUAGAAAUGAUCAAGAAAACUAUAAAUGUUGGAAAAGACAUGAUUCCUCUAAACUGGUGACCUACUUAUCUCAUAAAGAGAUUCAGUAGAAUAGCAAACUUACAAUUUAAUCAAAUGUGGAUUGCUGUGUUACGAGUCAGAUGACUUGUAUUAUUGUGUGUUUUUCUACACGAGGCA